AUGGUAAAAUGGGCGGUGGAAUUAUCUGAGUAUGACCUGGGGUAUCAGCCCAGAACGGCCAUCAAAGCUCAAGCACUAGCAGAUUUCAUAGCAGAUGGCAUCUCUUUUGGGUCGACUGGAGGGGAGAUAGACCAGGCCAGACCGGAUAGGGAAGUUAAGGACACGCGCGCCGCCAGAGCCACACAGAUCCCGGAGACUGCCAAGGCCGUGCAGAUCAGAGAGGCAGCCGAGGUCCCACGGACCAAAGACGCUGCUGAGGUCGCCCAGGCCAGUCAGGUAGCGGAGGGCGGAUUGACCAGAGAAGCUGGGGAGACCGGACCGGCCCCAGAGGCUGCCGAGGCCAAGCAGGCCAUAGACGCAGCGGAGGUCCAACAGGUCGGAGACGCAGCUGAGGUCGCAUAUCCCGAAGAGACUGCCAAGGCCGAGCUGGCCAGGACAGCUGCCCGAGACGGGAAGGCUAGGGAAACAGCGGAGCAAACAGAGCCCACGUGGACGCUGUAUGUGGACGGGGCGUCAAGUAAAGAAGGAUGCGGAGCAGGGCUUCUCCUAAUCAGCCCUACGGGAGAGGAGCUGCCUUACGCAUUAAGGUUUGAUUUCAGAGCCUCUAAUAAUGAAUCUGAGUACGAAGCUCUAAUUGCAGGAAUGGAGAUGGCUCGGAAGUUAGGGGCCAGAUCGUUGAAAGUCUAUAGCAACUCGCAGCUGAUAGUCAACCAGGUAUGGGGAAGCUACGAAAUCAAAGAGGGGACGCUGAGAAAAUACGUGGCCAAGACACAUGAGCUGAAGGGCCUGUUCGGGCAGUUCGCGCUAGAGCAGAUCCCGCGGAGUCUGAACAAGAGAGCUGAUGCCCUGUCCAAACUGGCCUCCACUUCGGUUGGCACCCUAGGUCGGGAGAUAGUUGUGGAGGUCGUCAGGAGUCGUGCAUAUGAUCAGGUCAGUGCUGCGGUCAUCCAGGUGGUGAGCUCCUGGAUGGACCCCAUUGUUCGAUACUUGGCGCAGGGUGAACUCCCCCCGAGCAGGAUAGAGGCCCGCAAAAUCCUCCUUAAGUCGCAGAGGUACACGCUCGUGCAGGGCGUCCUGUAUAGGAAAUCCUACUUGCAGCCCUGGCUGAGGUGUAUAACAUCUGAGGAAGGGAGCUAUGUCUUGCGCGAGUUGCAUGAGGGCAUCUGUGGCAAUCACGUUGGCUCCAGGGUAUUAGCCAAGAAGGGAAUGCUGGCCGGGAGAUUAUCCCUCUCAGUAGCCCAUGGCCGUUCUUUCAAUGGGGAAUUGACUUGUUGGGGACCAUUUCCACGGGCUCCAGGGGGCUACGAACACUUGGUGGUAGCCAUUGACUACUUCACUAAAUGGGUGGAGGCCGAGCCACUUGGCACAAUCAGCAGUAGGUCAAUUCAGAAGUUCCUAUGGAAAGGCAUAGUCUGCCGAUUUGGCAUCCCUAGGGCUCUCGUCUCGGACAACGGCCGACAGUUCGUGGAUCGUUCGCUUCAAAAGUGGUGCACUGAGCUCGGCAUUCAGCAACACUUCACCUCAGUAGGGCACCCCCAGGCCAAUGGACAGGUCGAGAAUGUUAACAGAACCAUCCUGCACGGUCUGAAGACAAGGAUAGAAUCCGCGCGGACGGGUUGGCUGGACGAGCUGCCCACUAUAUUAUGGGCUUACCGAACUACUCCUCGAACAGCUACCCAGGAGACUCCCUUUGCUCUGGUAUAUGGGGUGGAGGCGGUGAUCCCUGCGGAAAUUGGGAUGCCAUCAGCCAGGGUGCAACACUUCGUGGCCCAGGGCAACAACGAGGAAAUGCGACUCGACCUAGAUCUGCUCGAGCAUAAAAGGGAAGAGGCGGCUAUAAGAAUGGCUAAGUAUAAGAGCCAGGUCGCACGCUACUACAACGCCCGGGUGAGACAACUCUCCUUCAGGACGGGGGACCUGGUGCUACGCAAAAAUUCUGUAAAUCGAGCUGGGGGCACGGGCAAGUUAGAUCCGAAUUGGGAAGGCCCUUACGUCGUAAAAGAAGCUGAUCGAGCAGGGUAUUGUAAGCUAGCUCGUCUGGAUGGAGGCGAAGUCCCACGCACGUGGCACAACUCAAACUUAAGGCUUUUUCUUUAG